CGGAAUACGAAUCAUCGCUGUAGAGCCAGCGAUAGUCUGCCUUCCUGAGCAACGUAGCCUGCUCCACUACUUGCUGCUGCUGCUGGCUCUCCUUAUUAAAGCUUCCAGCCGCGUGAAGGUCAUCUGCUACUGUGCCAAGCGCUUUGAAAUUCAAAACAAGGUUCCUUGCCGUGCUUAAGGGGUUGACAGCUAUUCACGGCAAAGCUCACAGGUUCGCAAAAGCAACCUCGUCUUCAGCAGGGUGUCGUCUUCAGCAGUGAUUCAAGACAGCAAAGGGUCGUGGAUUCGCUUCCUUCGUGUGCCAGUGGCAAGAAGGGACGAGUGAGUGACGUGGCGUCGCGAUGACGUGGUACGACCUCUCCUCCUUCGUCGACCACCGGGAGCAUCUCCUGGAGGAAGCCUUCGGGGCGCUCUCUCCCGACGAACUGAAUAUCCUUACUCCAGUGGAAUUGCAGAACAUACCACUGGAAGAGCUCAAGCAACUUUGCAUGCAGCAACUCCAAAGAAUGACCCGCGCGCGACUCCUGGCGGUUCUCCAAGAUCCUCUCGUGAAACUGUGGACAUCGAACUCAAAGGACGACGCCGGCCCGCAGUCGUCGAGUGAUCGCAGUCUCCAAGGUAUCCUGUCACAGAGAGCGCAGAAAAACAGCAGCAUCGAACAGGAGUACCGCGACAUCUCGAGCAUGUGCACUGCGGCCCAGAUGGAGAUCCUGGAGCUGGAGCUCAGAGCGCGCGCCAUCCGCUCCCUCAUGUCUGCCAAGGCCCGGGACACGACCGCCAAGUCGACAGCGGCGCCCCCUUCCGAUUGCGCAAGUGGCUAUGGACCACAGUGACCACGCAUAGGGGGCCAGAGCCACAAGCUUAUCAUCUGUAAAAUUUGGUUUAUCGUGGACCAGCGAUUCAGCAACUUGGGGUUCUUUAAUGUGCACCUUAAUCUCACAGUACAAGCUCUGUUUUUUAAGCGAAGCUUUAUAGGCUCACAGGUUUCGGUGGUGGUGGUGGUGGUGUCACGCUAAAACGUGGGCCGAUCCUGGUGAUAGUGCAGAAAAGGUCCAAGCUCAAUAGCACAUACCAGGGACAAAAAAGAAAGACAGAUAGAGAGAAAGAAAGAGACAGAGAAAGAAAGAAAGAAAAUGAGCGAGAAAGAUAAAGACCGAGAAUGGGAGAGAAUGAGAAAGAAAUAAAGAUAGGGAGAAAGAGAGAUAGAGAAAGAAAAUCGCCAGCCCUUCCUUUGUUUAAAACGUUUGUUUUAUUGCCGUGACAUGUCGUGAACUUUACGUUACCCUGACGAAGGUGAGAUACACAGACGACAAGCUUCGUUUACCCCCAUUUUCUCGACAGGAAAGGGCUGGUGUUUUUUUUUAAUACAAUGACUUUUUAGCUGACAUACGCAGGUUUGCAUAUCUGGGAUCUAAACAUCUGUAAUAAAUUGCACAAUAAGAAAUUUGGAAUACGCUUAAGCUUCGCCUUUAAGAGUGGAACGCGACAGCAUUCAAUAAUCCCUGACUGCUUCUCACGCUUGCCGACAACUGCAGCUUAUGCAACCGUAAUGUUUACCGGGAAACGCUGACUGCGAAUGCUAUGCACGAAGGCGCGCUUUCUGGCAUAAACGCGGCCUCUUCCUUGCACCGAUCUUCUGUUCUUAUUUCGCACUUUUAAUAUUUCAUUCUGAGAAAAUUUAACAUAAAAUGCAUGCGCUGUCGGUGUUUUGUUUAAUGACGUUUGUUUGUGGGCUGUCAUUCUCAAAGCUCCGAAGAAUAACUUUGUAAAAAAUGUAAGACAAGGUAUGAGCAACUUUAGUUGUAGAAGACCUUUAGUGCCGUAUAGAAUAUUUUUCGCUCAAGGGACGCGUACGCUAGCUACGAUGCCGACACCGGAUUUUGCUGCGACACGGGACCCUUAACGCUCUCGCGUUAAAACGGCCAUUUUGCGCCUUCACAUUAUCGUAACGAGUCGUAAGCGGUAUCGAAAUUUAAGUCUCAACGAGAGAAAAAGCGAGAAUCAGUCGCAGAGUGAGUAAUAUGACGAUGUAGUCUUACUUAUAGCCAAUGUAGUAAAAAUUAACCACGUUCCAGUAUACCCCUGUAAAGGGUGCACCACCGUAGAUGUAGAAACGUUGAGGCAAAGCUGCCGUACGGCAUACUUUGGGGAAAUUGAGCGCGUCUGCUUGAACUAAGAAGGCGGCGUGCUGUACGAAACCUGGGACGAAAUGCGUAGAACGUUCGCGUGCUGUGACUUAGGUGCACGCUAAGGAAUCACAGGUGGUCAAAAUCAAUCCAGAAACUUACACUGCGGUGUCAGUCGCAGCCCUUGUGCUUCUUUAGGACGUGAAAUUCCAUGCAUCAAUAAAUCAUGACUGGCUCACUCCUAGAAACUCAUGACUGAUUCGCCCCCAGGUCACGCACGCUUAUAUGCUUUCGUCGAGCGCGGCGCAAGCCUGCUGGACGGUAAACUCGUGGCCGAAUGAUGGAUCAGUGAUUUUUGGGUAUACUUGUGCGGGACGUACAGUCCGGCAGGAUGCCUGGCUGAAGCAUCGGGAAUUUUCGUCGAUGCGAUCGCGAACUACACGACGGGAAAAUAAAGCCCACAAUCGCCACCUUCGAACGACACACAUGAGAUAAAAGGGAUUUCAUCAAGGAGUCCGUGGUUCUCGUCGUCCACGAUUGGGCUGUUCGUUCGAAGGACAAUCCUUUUGCCUGCGUAUGGAAGUUUGCUUCGAAAGCGAACCACGCGGCACCGAAACAAUGAGCCAAUCAAUUUAAUUGAUGGUUUGCAUUGGACAAACAUCGCCAGAUUGGUCGAGGACACUCUACGUUAUAUUGUUCUCGUCAAUCUUGCCUCUGUUUUGUCCCAUGUGAACCACGUGAUAAACGCUCGCAGGCAGCCAGG